AUGGCAGCCACACUCCCCUCCCGGUUCAGGCUGCCUGCCUUUGAACUCUACAGUAGUACCUCAGACCCCAAUGACCACGUCAACUACUUCAAUGGAAUGAUGACCCUCUACGAGGGAUCGGACGUGGUCUCCUACCGAGCAUUCUCUGCAUCCCUCAAGGGUACAACUAUCUCAUGGUUUUCCAGGCUACGACCAAGAUCGAUAGGUUUGUUCGCAGAGUUAUGUGAACAGUUCGUCACCCGCUUCCAGAGCAGUGUUAAGCAGAAGAAGAUCACGGUCAAUCUACUGAACGUGGUACAAAAUCCUGGGGAGUCUCUCAGGGAGUACGUCACCAAAUUCACCAAGGAGUCCUUGGAGGUCCAAGACUUAGACGACCAAACCCAGCAUGCAGCCUUGGCUGGAGGCAUCAGAGACUUGGAUUUGAUCAAAGACCUGACACGACAGGAGACCAAGACAAUGAAGGAGCUUUUGGAACGAUGCAACGAGUUCGCCAAUAUGGUCGAGGUACUGCAGGCUCUGAAGAGAGUAAUAGAGGCCAAGCCCCAGGACAACAAGAGAUCGGCGCUGGACGACCCUAAAGAGAGUAAGAGAUCGAGGACCGAGCGCCGAUCGGAGAAGGGUGACUGCCAGUCAGGAAUGACUGACCGUCGCCCAGAGAGGAGAGACCGAGCAAGCAGCCUGAGUUCACACCCUUGA